CAUCGCACCACUUUCCACCAUUCCGCCAUCAACCACAGCACAAGCACAAGCACGAGCUCAGCUCACUGCUAGGUAAGCUCGCUGCACCUCCUGUCCACACAAUACCUACCACCUAGAUACCCUCUCUCCUCCGCUCCGAACACGUUCCAAGCACUUGGACUCCAUCGCGAACCUCUCGCUGGAACGACCGCCAGCGUCUCAUCCAGACCCCGUUAUCUGACAGUCGCUCACAGCCACGUAAAUCGUCCACACGCACACUCGAUCGUCAACAUGGGGCUCAAGGGAGUUCACUUCGGUGGCGGCAACAUUGGUCGUGGCUUCGUCGCCGAGUUCCUGCACAACUCUGGCUACGAGGUCGUCUUCGUGGACGUCAUGGACAGCAUCAUUGAACAACUACAGAAAACGAAGAGCUAUGAGGUGACAGAAAUUGGCUCAGACGGCGAGCACAAGUUCACGAUUGACAACUACCGGGCAAUCAACUCCAAGUAUGAGCUGGAGAAGGUCAUCGAAGAGAUUGCUACUGCCGACGUCGUCACAUGUGCUGUUGGUCCCAACGUCCUUAAGUUCAUCGCAGACCCCAUUGCCAAGGGUAUUGAGGCUCGCAAAGCAGACAGUCCACUCGCCGUCAUUGCCUGCGAGAACGCGAUUGGUGCCACAGACACGCUUCGUGGCUUCAUCGAGCAGAAGCUCUCGCCCGAAACGCUCAAGAACAUUGCCCCCAAGGCAGCAUUCGCAAACUCGGCUAUUGAUCGUAUUGUACCAAUCCAGGACGAAGGCGCAGGCCUGAACGUCAAGAUUGAGAAGUUCUACGAGUGGUGCGUCGAGGAGAAACCAUUCAAUGGAAAACCACCGGCGAUCAAGGGUGUUCACUUCGUGGAAGACCUAGAGCCAUACAUUGAGCGUAAGCUCUUCACUGUCAACACGAGUCAUGCCACAGCCGCAUACUACGGCCAUCAGGCUGGCAAGCAGUACAUCCACGAGGUUCUCGAGGACAAGAAGCUUCACGAUAUUGUCCAGGGUGUUCUCGAGGAGACUGCACACCUAAUUUGCACCAAGCACAACCACAUCAGCAAGGAGGAGCAGAACGACUACGUCCAAAAUAUCGUCAAACGCAUCUCGAACCCCGUCCUCAAGGACAACGUCGAACGUGUCGGUCGGGCACCUCUCCGCAAGCUCUCGCGCAAGGAACGUUUUAUCGGUCCCGCUGCCCACCUUGCUGAAGCCGACGAAAAGGUCGAUAACCUGCUUGGUGCUAUUGAGCAGGCACUCCGCUUCCAGAACGUGAAGGGAGACGACGAGUCGUUCGAGCUGGCCAAGAUCAUGAAGGAGAACGAUGCGAAAGCGGUGACGAUCAAGCUGACUGGUCUCGAGGAGAGCCACCCUCUCUUUUCCAGGGUAGAGGCAUGCGUCAAGAAGGUUCAAACUGGUUAGCAGCCGCCGAAUCGAGGGCAAGUGUACGAGACCCGGAACACGCACCGGUUACUUCAGGACCUGAUGCGGACAGACACUUCCGACUCAUCGACAGCUUCCACCCCAAAGGCACUUCUCUCUCCACGCGCGACCACGAGCCGGUGUCGAACCCGCCUGCCUACCCUCCCACCCUCCAUCUCGCCCUUCACGCCGCAUCACACUCCCGCGCACGCGCACACGCACACGCAUCGGGCAAGAGAAGGGGGUGGAAGCGCCGACGAAGACGACAACAGUAACGGGGAGAACGGGGACGACGACGGCGACAACGACAGCCACAACGAUAACGACAACGGAAACCGCGACGACGACGACGACGAGGCCGGCGCUUACGCCAUCCCCGCGCCGGCGCAGAGGAGUGGCAGAAUGGCCAUCGAUCGUAUCCCGUUCCCGGAGACGCACGAUCUCGCUCAUACGGAGAAGGCUUUCUACCCGGUCGCCAUACCAGUGUCACAUUGGCAACUGAGACACUACAUAUCAGCACCCGAGCCCGACCACCUCUACUAUGCGAGCGCUCACCACGUCUUCUGCCUCAAUACCGCCACGAAGAAGCGGAAACACAUUGCUACUCUGCCCUUUGAAGCACGAUGCACUGCUUCUGGCCACGGAUAUGUUUGCGUGGGCGGCGAGGACGAGGGCCACUUUGCCGCCAUCAAGCUGAGCGGAGCACUCGAUGUCGAUUCUGCUCUGCCUCUGUCGAGCCUGGGACCCAACGUAUCUCGCCGAUCGCCUACGGUCAAGGUGGAGCGGAUUGGGGACGAAAUAGUAAAUUCCAUUUCGAUUCACCGCAUCCAGGACGAAGAUGCGCACCUCGACGACAUUGUGGCCGUGCUCACGAACAACGAUCGCACGGUGAGAAUAUACAGUCUGCCUUCGGGCCAGGAGACAAGAUGCAAGGGCAUUCCGUUUGCGGUGAAUCAUGCGACCAUCUCACCGGACGGGCAAAUACUAGUGGCCGUGGGAGAUUACAACCAGGCACAUUUCUACAGGCGGCGGAUCACGGAUGACCCCCCGCAAAUACCGAAGCCGCACAAUCGACUCACGAGCGCGAGCAUUGAGUGGAAGCGAAUAUGCAAGGUAACGUUGCACGUCAGCGCGCCAGAGAUGACUGUGGGAUACUUUACGACCGCAUGGAAUUCGAGCGCGAGUUUGGUUGCUGUAGGAAGUGAGGGCGGCUACAUCACCAUCAUCGACCGACACAUGCUGGAAGAUGACGAAUUGGACGAAGACAAUCGGGACGAAGCUGUGGUUGCAGUUGUGGCUGGAAGCCGAGCGGACUUUCCCAGUCCGCAUCCAGGAGCCAUUAGGAGUAUGGUCUUCAGUCCUGACCCUUGGGAUCUGUUGAUCUGGAGCGAAGAUCAGGGGAGGAUAUGCGUGGGCGAUCUGAGAACAGGCCUGAAAAGCCGGCAAAUCAUUGAGCUCGAGCCCAAGGAUGAAGCAAUGCGGCGAUAUGAAAUGGAGAUUCUCGAUCCAGAAGAUGCAGCGUUGCCAUGUCUUGCGCUUCCCACGCACCUGGAUGAUCUCGAAGCGGAUUUGUUAAGGAGGUACCGAGCUGCGCCUAACAAUGCGAGCGCUGUCAACUUUGCCACGGAAUAUAUUGAGGCGAGAAGACGACAACGAGAGCAUCGACAAGCUCUGGCCGCUGCACGACAGCAAAUCACACAGGCCAAUACUCGCGCACGUCUCACGGCGGCUGAGGCGAUGGAGAACGACCCACAAGGAUUGACGGCACGAGAGCAACAAAUCUUGGAAACGCUGCGCACAACACGACAACGAGAGGAGGCGCGGUCAAAUGGCCAGAUACCGAGAUCGGUAAAUUACACAACACCUGACAUGUUCGCACACUCGGGAUCAUCGGCAAGAAGUGGGAGAGACACUCCUUCAAGUGAUUCGACAUCACGACCUAUCAGCGAAAUUCUGAGCUCAGUGCAAGAAGCCAUGCCUGCAUUAGAGCGAACCCAUGCCACGGAUUCGCAACCGACGACAUCUCACACGGAGGAUGAUGACGACGACGACUCACUGCCGCCUCUCGCAGCAAUGCGAGAUGCGCUCGCUGCUUGGAAUAGCGGCAGUAGCGGCCUGCCGCCUCUGCCACCUGGUACAGUCUUGCCUCCGAGUGCAGAUCGCACGCGAGCAGCAGCCGGUUUAUCGGCAGGCGACUCGGCCCGGUCUCCAGGCAGGCAGCAAGGUGGACCGCGUGCCGAUCGCGUACCCGAAAGCAACGACGAGAAUCCCUGGACAACCAUUGAAGAGCACAUGGGCCGGGGACCACUAUUCGAGACUUCGGCGAGGGCUACCGCAACGUCUCCUUUCCCCGCAGAGCGAGAUCAUGAUGCAGAACGUGAGGCACGCCGAGAACGGUACGAGUCCCUACAAAACGACCUCCACAUCCAACAUCGAAUCGCGGCUUCGGCGGCUAGAAACCGAGAGCGAUGGCGUGCUUCCCGACUUGCUGGAAAUGGUAGCAGCAGUAGUGCAGCUGCGGAACAACGUGCGUUGACGAUGGCUGAAGCUCGUGCUUCACGAUCUGCCGCUGCGGCGUACCCAGAUGGGUAUGAAGGAGUGAUUCGGCGGAGCCAAAUGAGAAACUGGGGUAAUCCUACAGGAAGGGAGAUUGGAGUUAGGACUGCUGGGUUGGCUAUCAGUCCUGAUGGGCACACUCUGUGGGCGGCUUGUGAGGCCGGCAUCUUUGAGAUUGGAAUGAGGACCAAGGGAAGAAUGUUUUUGCCUAGUCUGGAAACGAGGUAGCUGCGAGGGCUUCCCCCCACUUUUCGCGUGCAUGUCGAUGGGUUUGCAAACACAAAAAGCUCUUUGCAAGGCGAUGGGUGAUGGGCUUGCGGAACCAUCUCGAUUUGGAAUGGGGAAGCAUGGCACGACUGGAGGGGUGAUUUGUGAUGAUGAACGGGUACGACUUUAUGUUGUAAUGUGAAUAUUACGGACGGAGAAAUGAACAGUCGGGAUGGAUUCAUUGGCCGGGCCAUUGUGAAUCGACCGAUACCUUUACAUACC